CCCUGGAGUGAAGGAGGGUAACUAGUGGCGGUGGGCCCUCGUGUUCCCCAAGUCGGACUGCCAGUCCUGAGAAAGUACCGUGAGCGGCUAAAGUGCUACCGGUUUCGGUUUCCAGUUCCGUCCCUCUUUCUAGGGAAACAGACCCCACCAUGGAGGAGACGCUAGAAGACCCCCCCACAUCCGCUGUCUUGCUGGAUCACUGUCAUUUCUCUCAGGUCAUCUUCAACAGCGUGGAGAAGUUCUAUGUGCCUGGAGGGGACGUCACAUGCUAUUACACCCUCACCCAGCAUUUCGUCCCCCGUCGGAAGGACUGGAUUGGAAUCUUUAGAGUGGGAUGGAAGACAACCCGUGAGUAUUAUACCUUCAUGUGGGUUACUUUGCCCAUGGACCUGAACAGCAAAUCGACCAAACAGCAGGAAGUCCAGUUCAAAGCCUAUUACCUGCCCAAGGAUGAUGAGUACUACCAGUUCUGCUAUGUGGAUCAGGAUGGCGUGGUCCGGGGAGCAAGUAUCCCUUUCCAGUUCCGUCCAGAAAAUGAGGAGGACAUCCUGGUUGUCACCACUCAGGGCGAGGUGGAAGAGAUUGAGCAGCACAACAAUGAGCUUCGCAAAGAAAACCAGGAGCUGAAGGACAGCUGUGUCAGCCUCCAGAAGCAGAACUCAGACCUGCAGGCUGAGCUCCAGAAGAAGCAGGAGGAACUAGAAACCUUAAAGAGCAUCAACGAGGAGCUGGAACGGAAAGCAAAGGAGCAGCAGGACAGUUGGGAGACAGAGGUGCUUCGACUGAAAGAACAAAACCAGGAGAUGUCCUCCGAAAAUGAGAAGAUGCGAGUCAGAGCGGAUCAGCUUCAGGAGCAGCUGUCCACUCAAGAGAAAGAAAUGGAGAAGCUUGUCCAGGGAGAGAAAGAUAACACAAAGCAGCUGAAGCAUCUGCAAAGGGAAAACAGCCAGCUUUCUCUCAGUUUGACGGAGCAGAGGGAGCAUCUGAAGAAGCUUGAGCAGACCGUGACUGAGCUGAAGCAGAAAGAAGCUACUACAGCGAAGAAACAGCAGGAGCUAACGGACCAGAACUUCGACCUGUCAAGAAGACUGAGUGAAAACAAGAUUAUAUAUAAUGUUCUGCAGAAAGAGAAAGAGAGAAUGGAAAGAGAAAAUGAUCAUUUGAAGAGUGAGAACAGCAGACUGAUGAGCUACAUGGGUCUGGAUUUUGACUCUCUGCCAUGCCAAGGGCCUGCUUCGGAUCCAGGAAGUGCCGGACAGAACCCGGGGCUGGUCUACGGGAACCCCUACGCUGGCAUCCAGGAAAGUUCUGCCUCUAGCCUGCUCUCCAGUAAGAAAUGCCCCACCUGCAAACCAGACUUUACUGGUGACAUUUGUGACCACAUCUUGGAGCAGCAGCUUGUUCAGACCCUUUAUUGUCCAAUUUGUGACAAGAGCUUCUCAGCAACAGAAACGCAAAUCUUUGAAGACCAUAUGUUCUGCCACAGUCUAUAAGUGCCCCAGCCUCUUGGAUCCACGCUGUACAUAGAUUUUAUAGAGUAAAAUCUGUAGCUUCUACUAUGACUUAUGACAGAAGAUCCUGCCUAACCUGAAAAUAUUAGGGAUUUAUUUAGUCCUGCUGCCCAAAAGGUAGAAUCAUUUGAAUAAUCUAACGGGUAGUGUUAAGGGCUGGUACUUCCAUCCACGCUGGUUACCACCUUUCGAAUCACAUGCUCCUGGUUGUAUCAGCUUGUCACCUACGAUGCCCAUUCCUCCGAUGGUCUCCAGUGCACGGGCCCUGGGAUGCGCGCCACCUGGCUGUUCCCAGCAGGCCUGACUCUGAUCCUAUGUGGUUAGUUUUCCAAGUUGUCCCACAGCCACUCAAGGUGAGGCCCUGAGUAUAUUUGUACUCAGUCCUCAGUCCUGCCCUUGGGGCUGGAGGUUGACCAGAAGUUGAAAAUUUCUUCCUCCUCUCCCUCAGGCCUCUUUCUCCCCCAAUGGCAUUAGACUGGCAAAAACGAAAACCCGGCACGGCAGAGAAUCAGGCAUCCAAUUUGGAUACCAACGGUUUCUCAUCUUGAUUUCUCAGCUGCUAAUAAAAAAGCCUCUUUUUCUUGAACCAUA